AAAAGUAAAAAACUUUGUUAGUGAAAAGUUUUUACCAUUUUUUUAAUAUCACUCUCAAUGUGAUCAAUUAAUAGAUGUCCUAUCAAGCCCUGGUGGACAAGCUAGUUUCAAUGGUCAAAUUUUUGGCCUUGGUUUGGACUUAGUGCUAGUAUUGGUGCCCGAACUACUAGCACCGGAUCAUCUGGUGCCUCAGCCUCUGGUAGAGCUGCAGUUAAGGCCGUUGUCUAAGUGAAGACUCAAAGGGCUUAAAAUGGUUUUCUGUGGUGAAAAAUAUCUGUGAUCGUCAAGUUUCAAGGGAAAAGGGUAGAGGAGAAUCACUGGACUGUAUUAAUCGUUUAAGCUGUAAAAUAAUGAUUUGCUUGUAUCAAAAUUUAAAUAUCUCAAUGUUUUUUCACUAUGAAAUCAGGUUCAAGCGUAUGAGCAAAUAGUGAUGAAUUAUUAACAGCUAAAGUAAUUUUACCAUAUUAAUUAUCGAAAUAUAAUUACUGUCAUAGGUUUAAAAUUUUCUGGUUUACCUAACAGACCUACCUUUAGCUAAGAAACACCUACUUAACCGUGAAAUAGACCAUUGGUUACUCUCACUACGUCUAACUUACAAGAAACUAAUUACUUGUUAACGAGAUGUUAACUUGUUGACUGUGUUUAAAAUAAACAAUAAACUUUUAUUAAAAUGAGUGAAGACAUUGCUUAUUGUAUUUGUCGCUCUUCAGAUAUAAGUCGAUUUAUGAUUUGUUGUGAUAAUUGCGAUGAAUGGUAUCAUGGAGAUUGUAUUUCUAUGACUAAGGAACGCGCUUUUACCUUUUUAAAAUUUUACUGCAGUAAGUGUCGUGAUCGUGAUCCAUCCUUGAAAAAUCAACUUGUUAAAGAAUCUAAAAAAUAUGUGGUAUACACAAUAUCCUCUUCUGAAGUGACCAGCAAAUAGGGAACAGUUCGGAAAAAGAGCCCAUCACCUCAGAGGUCUAAUAAAGUGGCUCGUUAUGAAGAUGAUGCAGCACCUGAGAAGAGGAAUUAUGAAGAUAAAGACGACGAUGAUAAAGAUGAAACUUCAAUAGAUAAGAAUAAUUCAUGUGAAAAAAAUAAUGAAAAAAGUGAACUCAAAUCUAGAUCAAGCCGAAAAGAAGCAAACACAACACCAGCUGACAACGAACGGACCAAUGAAAAAACACAUAAAGACAGAGAGGAAGAAAUCUCCGAGAUUGAUGAUGGUUUGGGUCAAUUUUUUCAAUGGAUGUUUGAAUAUGAAUUUUUAUCGUGGCGUAGUCUUGUACUUUAAGUAUAGAAGAUCUUAAUUGCCCGUGUUGGAUAAUCUGGUGUUUUUAAACCAGGUAAAACUGAAGGCGAAUCCUAAAUCUUCACCACUACUAUUACAGUAUUUCCUUGAAUUUUUUGCUUUUUUCAAGUGCUGACAUCUAUGUCAACUACAGGGGGGAAUAAUUCAAUUUUACAGUUAGUCUAUUCUAACGAUUCCCCCUUAAGGGAAAAGGGUAGAGGGGAAUCACUGGACUGCAUAAAUUGUUUAAAUUGUAAAAUAAUGAUUUGCUUGAAUCAAAAUAUAAAUAUCAAUCAAUGUUUUUUCACUAUAAAAUUAGGUUCAGGCGUAAGAGCAAAUGUUGAUGAAUUAUUAACAGCUAAAGUAAUUUUAUCAUAUUAAUUAUCGAAAUAUAAAUACUGUCAGAGGUUUACCUAAUAGACUCUUAAAAUAGAAUAGAAUGAUCUUUAGCUAAGAAACACCUUCUUGACCGUGAAAUAGACCAUAAGUUACUCUCACUACGUCGAACUUAUAAGAUACAAAUUACUUGUUGACUGUGUUUAAAAUAAACAAUAAACUUUUAUUAAAAUGAGUGAAGACAAUGCUUAUUGUAUUUGUCGCUCUUCAGAUAUUAGUCGAUUUAUGAUUUGUUGUGAUAAUUGCGAUGAAUGGUAUCAUGGAGAUUGUAUUUCUAUUACUGAACAACUUGCUAAGACGAUGACCAAAUUCUACUGCCUUAUAUGUCGUGAUCGUAAUCCAUCUUUAAAAAUUCAAUAUCACAGUGUAGUCCUAAAUACUGUAGCAUCUAGUCCUAAACCCACCAGCAAACAUGGAACUGUUCGGAAAAAGAGCCCAUCACCUCUGAGGUCCAAUAAAGUGGCUCGUCAUGAAGAUGUCACUCCAUCUGAGGAAAGGGAUUGUAAAGAUAAAGACGACGAUCAUCAAGAUGAAACUUUAAGAAAUAAGACUGAUUCAUGUGAAAAAAAUAACCAAAAAAGUGAAAUCAAAUCUAGAUCAAGCCGAAGAGAAGCAAACACAACACCAGCUGACAACGAACGGACGAAUGAAAAAACACAUAGAGAAAGAAAGGAAGAAAUCUCCGAGAUUGAUGAUGGUUUGGGUCAAUGUUUGCGAUGGAUGUUUGAAUAUGAAUUUUUAUCGUGGCGCAGGCUUAUACUUUAAGUAUAGAAGAUCUUAAUUGCCCGUGUUGGAUAAUCUGGUGUUUUGGAACUGAAGGCGAAACCUGAAUCUUCACCACUACUAUAAGGACAAGUUAAAAUGUUUUGUUGUACUGACUAAAUCAACUAUUUGCAAUUCCCUAACAUUAAAAUAAAAAAAAUUAAAUUGUAAGUGAAAUUUUGAUAUCAAUAAGAAUCAGCUUUAAUUGUUCAUUUUUGCUGUGAGAUGACAUGCAAUUUAAGUUAAGACCUCAAGAAAAAAUAUCCAAAAGUAAAAUUUUAACAAUUUCUGAGAGUUUUAUCAUAAAUGUUCCGAGUUAGAUUAUGCUCAACUUGAAAAGUGAAAAACCUUUGUCAGUAGAAAGUUUUACCAUUUUUUGAAUCUCCCUCUCUAUGUUAUCGAAAAGUAACUGAGUAACCAGUUUUUAAAGUCUGUUUGACUGGUUUCGGUAAUUUUACAUUUGUUUACAAACUCUGUUUAUCUUCAAUUUCGGCAGUUUUUAUCCUUACGUCAAAGUUUUAUUAUUUAAAUGUUUUUCUUAUUAACUUAAGUGAUAUCAACAUGGGUGAAGACACUUCUUACUGUAUUUGUCGCUCUUCAGAUACAAGUCGUUUUAUGAUUGGUUGUGAUUCUUGUAAUGAAUGGUAUCAUGGAGAUUGUAUUUCUAUUACUGAACAGCUUGCUAAGACGAUAACCAAGUUCUAUUGCCUCAUGUGUCGUGAUGCUAAUCCAUCCUUAAAAAUUCAAUAUCACAAAGAUUCUGGCUCUAAAUCAACUAGCAAACAGGGGACUGUUCGAAAAAAGAAACAACCAACUUCUAAGUCCAAUAAAACGGCUCGUUUUGAAGAUGAUGCCUCACCAGAGAAGAUGGAUUUUGAGGAUGAAAACGAUGAAGAGUUUGAUGACGAUGAUGAUGGAGAUGAAACUUUCAGAAUUGAGAAUGAAUUAUCUGAAAAAAAUAAUCGAAAAAGUAAACCAAAAUCUAGACCUAGCCGAAAGAAAACAAAUACAACAUCAUCUGACAACAAACGUGGAAGUAAAAAAACACAUAGACAAAGAGAAAGAGAAAGAGAUGUCUACGAAGUUGAUGAUGGUUUAAGGCAAUGUUAUGGUCCUGGAUGUAUCAAUAUAGCUCGUCGAGGCUCCAAAUACUGCAGUGAUAAUUGUGGUAUCAAAUUAGCAACCAACAGGAUAAUAGAAAUUUUACCUGAACGUAUAAGGUUUUGGCAAAGUACACCAUCAAGUGCUGAUGUUUUCAGUAAUCGAGAAUUAGAUGCAAUUCGAACAGAAGGAGAAACAGCCAAAAGGCUUCUUGAAGAACUGGACGGUAAACAAAAAGAACUAGAAGCUAUGAUUGCCGAGGCCAAGAAACUACCACCAAUCUCAGAAGAUGAAGUAGACGAAGAGACUGGAGAUGAGCUGAUGACUUACUGUGUAACCUGUGGACAUGAAGUUGCAUCGAGAACUGCUUUGAGACACAUGGAAAGAUGUUUU